UAUCCAGCGAGAGAACAUGACUUCAUCCAUGGAAGCAGCAGAGCUCCCAACCAUAUUCAGAUGCCCUAUCUCCUUCGAAAUAAUGGAAAACCCUGUAACCAUCUCCACCGGCAUCACAUACGAUCGGCAGAGCAUCGAGAAAUGGCUCUUCACCUACAAAAGAGCAAUCUGCCCCGCCACCAUGCAACCCCUCCACAACUUCGACCUCAUUCCCAACCACACCCUCAAGAACCUCAUCCUCUCAUGGCGUAACCAAUCUCAUCACACACAAACAAAAGCAUUUCUUUCUUCUUCCCUGUCUUCAAAACACCUCGAGUUGGCCUCCAUUCUCUCCGCCAUGGAGUCCUCCCCUUUCAAAGUCAGCUCCCUCAGGAAGCUCCGCUCAUUCGCCACCGAUAACCCACUUGUCUUCCUUUACUCCAACGGCGUCGAAGCCCUGUGUCGCAUACUUACGCAAUCCAAUACCGAUUGCGGGGACGACUUCACCCCCUUCCGCGCUUGCGAGGAGGCUCUCGGAGUUCUCAAAAAUCUCCCUUUUGACAACCACGACGCAUCAAUCGGGCUUCUUUCGAAUCCCGAAAUCGUCAAGCCGAUGCUCACUAUACUCCAGCGCGGCGGCGCUGAAGCCCGGCUCGACGCUAUCACCAUCCUGCAGAGACUCUCCAAAGUCAAUCCAUCUAUAACCAACCAAUUUCACCAAGACAUCGACGUCUUCAAAUCCCUGCUCGAUCUUCUCUCCGACGAGGUCUCUACAAAGCUCAGCUCAUCAUCCCUCGACCUCCUCCUUCAAUCCGUGUAUAAUUCCAAAGCCAAUCGUUUAAAAGCCAUCGAAGCAGGGGCUGUCUGUGUUUUAAUUGAGCUUCUGCCGGAUGAAGCCGGCAGGCAACGGAGGGAGAAAACGUUGCUGCUGCUGAAGAGGCUGUGCGAGUGUGCUGAGGGGAGGUCGGCGUUUGUGGACCAUAGGAUGGGAAUUGCGGCGGUUGCGAGCAAGAUAGAGAAGGAGCAUGAUUUGGGGACGAAGUUGGGGGUUAAAGUGUUGUGGUUGGUUUGUACUUUUUCGCAGAGGAAGGAAGUGGUGGAGGGAAUGAUGGGGUGUGGGGCGGUGAGGAAGUUGUUUGGGUUAAUACAUGUUGACGGGCAUUCGUCGACGAAGGAGAAGGCGUUGAUGAUGGUAAGGAUGCAUGGACAUGCUUGGAGGCAGUAUCCUUGUUUCCCUGUUGAACUGAGGGCGGUGAGGUAUUAAGAUUGAAGGAUUUUUUUUCACGUGGAUUUUAAGGAAAUCAGCGAUUUGCUGUUUUUUUGGGUGAAAAAGACAGGGAGACAGAUUUAGAGGAGUGGGUGUUCGUCGCAUGGAUUAAUUUGAUUUUUGAUUUGGGAAAUGUUUCCCAUGUUUUAGUUAAAGUGACAUGAGCUUGAAGACCAUAGAGAGUUAUAUAUAGUUUGAUUUUUCUUAUUGUAGUUGUAUGCUUGAAUUUAUGGUGGGUGUUAAUGAGUUUUCCAAGCAAACAUGAAUCCAUGGCAAGAGUUUUUGUUUGGAAUACAAAAAAAAUUGAUCAUUGUUUGAAGAGAGAGAGAGGAGAAGUUGAUGAUUACGUCCAAAAUUUGAUAUUUCUACAUGUAUUUUAUGGGAAGUAUUCUAUAACAUGAUGGUUUUUGUAUGGUUUAGAAAUUUUGAAUUGA